CUCUCUCUCCCACAUAUAAAACCCUCAUCACCCCCCUUCUACCAUUUCACACUUCGUUCAUUCUUCUUCCUUCAUUUUCUCAUUUUCUCGUUAUUUCUCGUCUCUCUUUCUCUGUUUCUCGCCAUGGGAGCAGUAAUUCUCCCAGAUCUCGGUACUGAGAUUUUGAUUCCUGUUUGUGCUGUCAUUGGAAUCGCUUUUGCACUUUUCCAAUGGCUUCUCGUUUCCAAAGUCAAGCUCACUGCUGGAAGAGACUCUGCUACUGAAGCUCCUGGCAAAAAUGGUUACAAUGAUUCUCUCAUCGAAGAAGAAGAAGGUAUCAACGACCAUAACGUCGUUCUCAAAUGUGCUGAAAUCCAGAACGCUAUUUCCGAAGGUUCAACAUCUUUCCUUUUCACUAUGUACAAGUAUGUGGGAAUCUUCAUGGUGGCUUUUGCCAUUUUGAUAUUCCUCUUCCUUGGCUCUGUGGAAGGAUUCAGCACAAGCCAUCAGCCUUGCACUUACGAUGAAACUAAGAUGUGUAAGCCAGCUCUUGCCACAGCCCUUUUCAGCACCAUAGCAUUUAUCCUUGGUGGCAUCACAUCAGUUAUUUCUGGUUUCCUUGGAAUGAAAAUUGCAACUUACGCAAAUGCAAGAACCACCCUUGAAGCGAGAAAGGGUGUUGGAAAGGCUUUCAUUACUGCAUUCAGAUCAGGUGCAGUUAUGGGAUUUCUCCUCGCUGCUAAUGGUCUUUUGGUUCUUUACAUUACCAUCAACUUGUUCAAGAUUUACUAUGGUGAUGACUGGGGUGGUCUAUUUGAGGCCAUCACUGGUUAUGGUCUUGGUGGGUCUUCUAUGGCUUUGUUCGGAAGAGUUGGUGGAGGUAUCUACACUAAGGCUGCUGAUGUUGGUGCCGAUCUUGUUGGCAAGGUUGAAAGGAACAUUCCCGAGGAUGAUCCAAGAAAUCCAGCUGUGAUUGCUGACAAUGUUGGUGAUAACGUUGGGGAUAUUGCCGGAAUGGGAUCCGAUUUAUUUGGUUCAUAUGCAGAGGCAUCUUGUGCUGCCCUUGUUGUUGCUUCUAUCUCUUCUUUUGGAGUGAAUCAUGAGUUCACUCCCAUGUUGUUCCCUCUUAUCAUCAGUUCUGUGGGCCUCCUUGUUUGUUUGCUCACCACCUUAUUUGCAACCGACUUUUUUGAGAUCAAACUUGUAAAAGAAAUUGAGCCUGCAUUGAAAAAACAGCUUGUUAUUUCAACUGCACUGAUGACUGUUGGAAUUGCUAUUGUUAGUUGGAUAGCACUCCCAGCUUCCUUCACCAUCUUCAAUUUUGGAGAGCAGAAGGAUGUCAAGAACUGGCAGCUAUUCUUGUGUGUUGCAGUUGGUCUUUGGGCAGGGCUUAUCAUUGGAUUUGUCACUGAAUACUAUACCAGCAAUGCAUACAGUCCUGUGCAAGAUGUUGCAGACUCCUGCAGGACUGGUGCUGCUACCAAUGUUAUAUUUGGCCUUGCCUUGGGAUACAAGUCUGUUAUCAUUCCAAUUUUUGCCAUUGCAAUUAGUAUUUUUGUUAGUUUCAGUUUUGCUGCCAUGUACGGUGUUGCUGUUGCUGCACUUGGAAUGUUGAGUACCAUAGCCACCGGAUUAGCCAUUGAUGCAUACGGUCCAAUCAGUGACAAUGCUGGAGGUAUUGCUGAGAUGGCAGGCAUGAGUCACAGAAUUCGAGAGAGAACCGAUGCUCUGGAUGCUGCAGGAAACACAACUGCCGCCAUUGGAAAGGGGUUUGCUAUUGGUUCUGCCGCCCUUGUGUCUUUGGCUCUCUUUGGUGCCUUUGUGAGCAGAGCUGGUAUUACGACAGUUGAUGUGCUGACUCCCAAGGUUUUCAUUGGUUUGCUUGUUGGUUCCAUGCUCCCUUACUGGUUUUCUGCCAUGACAAUGAAGAGUGUUGGAAGUGCUGCUCUAAAGAUGGUUGAGGAAGUCCGCAGGCAAUUCAACACCAUUCCUGGCUUGAUGGAGGGAACUGCCAAGCCUGACUAUGCCACAUGUGUUACAAUCUCCACCGACGCAUCUAUCAAAGAAAUGAUCCCACCUGGUGCCCUUGUUAUGCUCACACCCCUUAUUGUUGGGAUCUUUUUUGGUGUGGAGACACUCUCUGGUGUCCUCGCUGGAUCCUUGGUGUCUGGUGUACAGAUUGCUAUCUCUGCAUCCAACACUGGCGGUGCUUGGGAUAAUGCCAAGAAGUACAUUGAGGCUGGUGCCUCAGAGCAUGCAAGAAGCCUUGGUCCAAAAGGGUCAGACCCACACAAGGCAGCAGUUAUUGGUGACACCAUUGGGGACCCAUUGAAGGACACAUCUGGUCCAUCCCUUAACAUUCUUAUCAAGCUGAUGGCAGUGGAGUCUCUGGUGUUUGCUCCUUUCUUUGCAACCCAUGGUGGUCUCCUCUUCAAGAUCUAAGAUUUGAUGGAGAAACGAAGAGCAUCGUCCAUCAUCGCAGCCCUUCUACCAACCAUCAUGGCCUCUCUUUUUUGUUAGUUUGAUGGCAACUUCUUUUCUAUUUGUUUUUUAUUUUAAAAAUCUUAUUAUUCCUUAGUCCCCUCUUCCCCCCCUUCUAGAUUUGAGAAACUUAAUUAGGCUUAAUCUUUGCCGCGUGGUCAUUUUUCAUGUAAGAGAUGAGGUUGAUGAUGACGAUCAAAUUUACUAUCUUGCCCGCGUGGUCAUUUUUCCAUAUUCCUUUCA